AUGGAUAGUGCGACUCCCCAUCCUAUGUCAGCAAAAUCAUGUACCGAACCAGGACACACCGCACUAGUGAGCGCCUGGUGUCAAAUCUGUCGGACGUUUGUCUGUAUUCAGGGUAUGGUGUCUGAGAAACACGCUGGACAUAUCUUUAUAUCACUAGAGAAAAUAGUUGAUGGACAUCAAGCAGAGAUUGAUCAGAAGAAAAUAGAAAUGCGUAAGAUCGAGGAAAGUCUUGGUGCUGAACUUUUACAUCAGUUGGAAAUAGAGACCAAGUUCAACGCUCGCGUCGAUGAUCUAAACAAUGAGAUUGAUAAGAGAAGUCAACGUUUACACUCUGAUAUUGAAUCCUGGAAGACAAAAACAAAAUCAGCGCUUCAGACGAGGGUUGAGGAAAUCAGGAUACCAAUGAAGGUCCGUCAGGAUCAAAUUAAAGAGGACCAAAAUAAACUACGAGCAGCCCUGGAUCAAUGUAGUCUAGAAAACUACAAGACAUCACUUGUGAUGGCAGAUGAAGCUAUACAGGUCAAACGUCAGUCGUCUGUAUACUUUCCUGCUUGUCUUAUCUUGACAGAAGGCAGCUCCUCGGAGCUUGACAUGGAUACCUUGCUUGGGCACAUUUCCGAUGAAGAAUCGUAUGGGUCUGACUGUGUGUCCGAUAUAAAACCAAAUUCCUUUACUGGUUCUGACAAUACUUCUGAUCUUCACGGACUAUCAAAGACCGAGAGGAAUUCAACGAAGGACCUGAACACUGACAGAAUAUAUUUCGAAGCAAGCCCUGAUGAUGUUGAAAUCCUGAAGGUUUGUCAAUUUAAGGACCCUAAUCAACAAGGUGACGAUAUCAAACUAGCUGCCAGCAGGGAUGGAGUGCAAAAUGGCUGUAGAAUAAAAAAGAAAACCUAUUUCAACUGGAAAACUUUUGUAAAGACAGAACCCCUUCAGACCUUUGGAAUCGGCAUCACAUCUGCGGAUGAUAUAUUAGUUUGCCUGCAAGGAAUUGACUAUGCUGAAAUCGUCAAGUUUUCCCCUACUGGAAACAGACUGCAGAGCAUUCGUUUGGAUGAGGACAAGAAAGAAAUCUUCCACAGACCAAGACAUGUGCUGGAGGUGAUACCAACAGAAGACGUGCUGAUCAUUGAUGAGAAAACGGUGAUAACGCUUGACACGGACGGGAAGGUCAAGAACACCUGGAGAGGUGACCUAGAUGAUGAGGUUAGGAAAGAUAGGAUGACCAAGUUUCAAUCAAUCAGUAUAGCCGUCAAUUCAGAAGGAGAUCUAUUUGUCUUGGACCAAGGCAACAGGCGAAUUAUUGUGUUUGACAAAGCGGGGGAAAAGCUUUCAACCAUGCAUGAUAAUGUCAUGUUGAAAAGACAUGAGGUGUGCAGUAUUCGACACCAAGGAUAA